AUAUAAUGAAAAUGCAUAAAAUGAGUAAUAACUAAUGCAAAUUUCAAGAGAGAAAAGAUAAGAUAAUAUUUCCAUAUAAGAUGUUGGUGGAGGCAGCGGCGGGCCACCCAGGGAUAAGCCCCGCAGGAGGAGGGAGCGGCAGAGGCCGGAGCGGGGUGAGGAGGGGCCGGGGCCAGGAGGGAGGAGCGCUGGUAGGAAGAGGCCGGGCCGCGAGAGCCCCCGCCCCGGGAGGAAGGAGAGGUGGCCAAGCGUUUCCUGGCGCAUUCCCUGCCCGCUCUACUGACUCACUCGGCCAAGGAAACGUCCGGGCCCGCCGGGACCCCGCCGUGGACCCAGUUGCCCGGCAGGAGAGCUCGAACUAUGGCGAAAAAACCGGCAGAUCAGAAAGCGACUGUCGCGGGAGCCCCGAAUUCUCGCGCGAACAGCCGCCAGACGCGCUGCAGGAGCGCGGAGCACAGUCCGCAGGGGCAGCCUUGAAGCCGGCUGGACCCGCAGCAGGAGCGCGACUUGCCGGAGCUUGUCUGGAGUGUCGCCGGCCUCCAGAAUGAGACAGACCCCAACUUCCAGCUCGCC